AUGUUGAAGAUUUGGUCCAUGAAAAAAGAGCAGCAAAAAGCUGAGAAUGCGGAGAACGCAGCAGCAGGCGGCAAGAAGAAGAAGGUGACGGCAGCGCAACUACGCGUGCAAAAGGAUCUGUCGGAGCUCUCCCUGGGCAAGACGAUGAAGACAGACUUCCCCGACCCGGACGACAUUCUGCACUUUACGCUGACGAUCGAGCCGGACGAGGGCAUGUACCGAUCAGGCGUGUUCAACUUCACAUUCGACAUCAACCAAAACUUUCCGCACGAUCCCCCAAAGGUGCGGUGUAAGGAGAAGAUUUACCACCCGAACAUCGAUCUCGAGGGCAAGGUGUGCCUGAACAUUCUGCGUGAGGACUGGAAGCCUGUGUUGAACUUGAACGCCGUCAUCGUCGGCCUGCAGUUCCUCUUCCUCGAACCGAACGCCUCGGAUCCCCUCAACAAGGAGGCUGCAGAGGAUCUUCGAUCGAACCGCGAUGGCUUCAAGCGCAAUGUUCGCGCCUCGAUGGGCGGCGGCUCCGUUAAAGGCAUAAGCUACGACCGGGUGCUGAAAUGA